AUGCUUAUCAUCUAUGGAUUAAUAUUUAAUAUUCAAUGCUUGUCCACUAAUCGUUUCUACCGAUCUUUCUCCGAUCCACUUCAGGAAUGUCCAGAUACAAAGAUGUGCAAAUCUAAGUGGGGCUUUUGCGGAUACACUGAAGAGUAUUGUGGUGCAGGUUGCAGAUCAGGACCUUGUAUAAAAGGUGAAUGUCCAGAUACAAAUAUGUGCAAAUCUAAGUGGGGCUUUUGCGGAUACACUGAAGACUAUUGUGGUGCAGGCUGCAAAUCAGGACCUUGUGAACAAGGAGGCAAAAGUGAUGGUAGUGAAACUACUGCCAGUCAAAGUAGUGGUAGUGUAAGUAGUGCUAGUCAAAGUGGUGUUAGUGGAAGUAGUGCUAGCCAAAGUGGUGUUAGUGGAAGUAUUAUUAAUGAAACCAAUUUUCAAUGUGCAUUUAAUACUCUUGUUUCCGAAAUAAGAACUGAACGAUUUAAUGGCCUCAAACAAUCAGGUUGGCAUGCAAAAAAUGCUGAUGAAGCAGCUGUUUUUCUUGCACAUGUGUAUCAUGAAACAGAUGGUCUCAAAACUUUAGUCGAAUAUUGUGCACCUGGAUGUGGUUCGAAUUAUGCUGAAUCGUGGUGUGAUAUUCAAGCAGCACCAGAAAAACUCUACUAUGGUCGUGGUUGUUUUCAACUAUCAUAUCCAUGUAAUUAUUAUGCAGCUGGACAGAGUUUAGGUUUAGAUUUACUUAACAAUCCUGAUUUAGUUGCUCAGAGACAAGAUAUUGCAUUCAAAACUGCUAUCUGGUAUUAUCAAGCAAAUAAAAUGGAUGUUCCAGCUCAAAAAGGAGAUUUUGCUGCUACGACUCGAAUUAUCAAUGGUAAACUAGAAUGUGAUGGUGGACCAGGAGUUGCCAAUCAACAAACACGAGUAGCAACCUAUAAGCGAAUUCGGCUUUGUUUUAGUUUAGGACAACCAAAAAUAAAUCCUACAUGUUAA